AUGGCUUCCGCAUCGCCUACACCUGCUGCGAACUGUGACCAGGCCGUCCGUUCCGCUACGGGUAGUGUCUCUCCUCACCAAAUCGCAAGCCCGAAGAAGGUCACAUUCGAACUCCUCUUCACCGAGACGCAGGUUCGUGGCCGUCUUCCAAUGCGUGUCGACAUCUUUCCCCAUGAUUCUACCGACUCCAUUGUCACCACUGUCAAGAACUUUUACGGGCUGUACUCGGGCCCGACCGGCUCCCGAGGCGUCAGUUUCGAGGAUCAAGACGGUACUACCCUCAUCGCCCGCUACGAGAAUUUCCGCAAUUGCAUGACUGUCUAUGAACUGCCGCUGUUCGCACCUCCGCAAAUGCCAGCCGCUACAUCCAACCCAUCAGUGUCGCCUGCGCGUCGCAUCGAACACCAGCGGCCCUCAAUAUCCCAUGCGCAGCAGGGCCAGAACCCAUUCACGAACCCUAUACCGCUGCAGUCCCCGCAAAGCUACAACAACGGCUUCGGCCAGGCUGCUUUCUACGCAACACCCGCCUCUGACACUCGCCGCGCCCGCAACAGCAUUAGUCACAGCGGCCAAGGCAGUGCUCAUGCCGGUAUGUCUGGCAUCCUACCGACACCAGACCCGACUGUCGGCAGUUGCAUGUCAGAGGAGGACAAGGAUGUCGCCAUCCAGCUAAUGCGCCUGGGUGACAUGUCAAACAUCUCUCAUGGGCGAACAUCGGCGUCGACUCUUGAUGACACAUUCAGCGGUCGCGCUGACGCUGCCUCGUCGACCGGUGCCACUAGUGAGGGGGACAGCGACAGUGAAGAAGAGCUCCCUGAGGCUCGCCGCCAGAAGCUCGAUGCCGCUGGAACUAUGCGCAAGAUUUACCAGACUACCGAGAGCCCCUUCCAUGCCUUCCGAAAUGCAACGGGCCCCCAUGGUCGCCGGUCCUCGCUGCCUCCCGUCGCGAAAGCCCGUUCUGUCACCAGCUGGCGGUGCCCCUUUCCCCCGGGUGCUGUUGACGAGGAACAGCUUGACCUCUCUGCCCAAGCGCGCUGUCAACGCUGCCGGAAGAGCAAGAAGGGCUGCGACAGGCAGCGUCCUUGCGGUCGCUGCAAGGACGCCGGUCUCAGUGCCGACCAGUGCAUCAGUGAGGAUGAAGGCAACGGCCGCAAGGGUCGCUAUGGUCGCCACAUGGGUGUCCCCAUUAAGAUGGAGGACAUCGCUGUCGGUCCAUCGCAUCCCUCCCUCAUGCCUUCAGCAACUCCGGUGUCCGCUGCUGCUGCCGCCGCCGCUGCUGCUGCGGACAAACUGAAGAAGCGCAAACGGUAG